AUGGACUCGCUGCUCGACAUCGAGAAUAUCGAGCAACUUCCGGUGGACCUACGCAACACUGCGAACGCGCUUUUGGCUGGCGAUGGCUCGAUAGAGCCCAUUGCCAGCUUUUUACACUCAAAGCCCACUAAAGACGCAUCACUCCCUCUUGCUUGUGUCCUUCACGAACUUUUGGACCUGACCUUGAUCCCACUGACCCUUGAAAACACCCAAAACGACCGGAGCCUGCGACACGCCUGGACAAUUAUCUGUCUUCUCGCUGACACCGACAUUCUUGUCUGGGUCGUGGAGGAAGGGUCGGGACUUGGCCUAUGGAUUCGUGUAUGGCCUUGGCUUACCUUUCUUGACGAGUGCCGCUACGAUCCAAGCGAGCUAACUACACGUCUACCUAAUUAUUCACGCGCGGCUUUGGACAGCGCGUUUAUCUCCAUCGCAGCACGCGUGACCUCCCAAGCGGUUGCCUUCUUCGAUGUUAUCUUCUCCGACGAUGCCCUUCUCAAUCUCUUCGCACGUGCCUGGCCAUACGUGUACCUCAUCACGGAUCCCAGCCUCUUAUCUGACGCAAUGGAGCUCGUGCGCUGUGUCCUGACCGAUACGCGCUUUGGUGACGAUGCAGGCUGGGUCGAGGCGCUCCUCUCACAGGUCGAUGACGGGAACGCGGGACUCGCUCGACUUCUCCUUUCGCACAUGCGGCUCUCGCUUUCCUGGCUUCAACCAUACGACUUUUCGGUCGCUGCGCUUCCUGCCGACGCAUACGACGCCACGGAGCUUUUCCGCUCGGCGAUUUUCUUCCUCAGCAUCACCGAGACCGUCUUCGACAUCGACACGGAUAUUACGCCUGAGUGGCACAACCCACUUGCUAUGGCACUGCUCGACGGCGGAUUCGUGGGCCUUACAACGACGGCGUUGGGAUACAUAUCCUCCGCACGUCCUGCUACGAUCUCCGCAUUGAAGGAGCUGAUUCACCAGACGUCUAGCAUGCUAAACCUUCUGUUCACGAUCCCCCCUGGCCACCUUUCCAUGGCGCGCGCAGUAUCCAACGGCUUGCUUCACGCCAGUCUGCGUUUUUCAGCUUGUCGCGGAAUUCCGUUUCGUGGGGAGGGCCUGAUCGAAACCAUCCUUCCCGACGCCCGUGUUCGCGUCGACCUCAUUCGUGCAUUGAAAAAGGGCUAUCCAGAGCUCAAGCGGCUGGCCAGCGCCCCGGGGUUUCGGCAGUCCUCGGCUCUAGCCUCGUGGGAGGAGCUGGACAGCCUUAUGGUGGACCGUUUCGAGCUAUUGUCGCGGUAUGACGCAGGGGAGUUCCCUGCAAGGAAGAUGUGUGAUAAUAUGCAGUGCGCUCUCAUCGGCCGCGAAGCCGAGUUCAAACGCUGCUCCGGCUGUCGUGCGGUCAACUACUGCUCCGCCAAAUGCCAGCAGACCGAUUGGAGAGAGGGCGAACACAAGAAGGCGUGUAAAUCUCUGCUCUUUCUUCACACAGACGAGCAAAGCCUUGACUUGACGCCAGUGGACCGCGACUUCAUGCGCGCACUGAUGGACGUCGAGCUGCAGCGCAAUCGCCCCAUGCUGGUCGACGACACGUCCGCGUUGCUACGCAGCCAUCCCGCUUCCAUCCCGCUCACGUAUUUCGUAUACUACAGCUCGACCGGCACCCCAGAGCAGACGAACCGCGUAACGGUCUUGCGCGAUGCGGCAGAUUUCGCGGGCUUCACGCGCGGCAUAUACUCGUCGGCGCAGCAGGCGGCGGCAGCGGCAGCGUACAAACACCUGUUCCGGCGGGUCAGCGCUAGCGGGGGCCGGCUGAUGCUCGAUCUCGUUGCGCUCCCGCAUGGUUCGGCGCGUGGGAAGACGUGGCUUGUGCUGAGACGCGUGGCGAUGCCGAUCUUACCGUUAUUGGCCGGACGGGGGCCAAUCGAUGGACGUGCUGUAGAUGCUGCGUGGCCUCUCCAAUUCCACUGA